AGAGUGACGGAGUCCGCGGGGAAGUUGGGAAGUGUCGGUGCACGCAGAAGACGUACACCUCUCUCAAAACGACCAGGAUACCGACAAGAACAUAGGCGGCGGAACUUGGAUAUGGCGGUCGUGAAGACGGUCGACCUUCUCGUUGGAGUUGUUGUAGUUUUGCAGUGUGUGGGAAACGUGCAAGCUGAGAUCACAGCCAGUGACGAGUGGACAGAAUGAGAUGGACUCUUUAUUGGCCGUCUGAAUGACCUGCUGAAAGGAGCUGCCAUGAAUAGAUGACGGGGGUGCGGUGGUAUGAGGAGACAAGGAUGGGCAGCGGUGGUGGCGACUGGGAUUAUUGUGUUGCCUUUUAUGUGGUAUCUCUUACUCAUAUGUGGCGAAGCAGGCAAGAGAUGAGGAUGCAGCAGUGGACUUGAAGCUGUACAGUCACCGGUGGAGAAGAUGGGUUCCCCCAAAACCUCGUAACAUGGACAGUAACAGGGCCAGCCAGGAGCAGGACCAAGAGCCUGAGCAGGAAGAGCCUGAAGCAUUCCCAGGCCUGCUCUCAGCAGAAGAAAGAGACAACAGCUCCCAGAUCGAGGAGGACACAGAUCACAACUACUACACAUCUAAAACAUAUGAGCCGUCAGAACCAAUGAGCAAGGACUUGUGGGUUAAUAUCGAACAGAUGGAUAAGGGAAAAGUGAAGAUCCACGGCAUUCUGUCCAACACACACAGACAAGCAGCGAGAGUAAAUCUGUCCUUCGAUUUCCCUUUUUAUGGACAUUUCCUGCGUGAAAUCACCGUGGCAACUGGUGGGUUCAUCUAUACUGGUGAUGUGGUCCAUCGAAUGCUUACAGCUACACAGUACAUCGCUCCUCUGAUGGCCAAUUUUGACCCAAGUGUCUCCAGAAACUCUACUGUCAUCUACUUUGACAAUGGUACAGCUCUGGUGGUGCAGUGGGACCAUGUUCACCUACAGGACAACUACAACCUGGGAAGUUUCACCUUUCAAGCCACACUCCACAACACUGGCAGAAUCGUCUUUGCAUACAAAGAGAUCCCCAUUGAGGUGUCACAGAUCAGCUCUGUCAAUCACCCAGUUAAGGUGGGUCUGUCUGAUGCCUUUGUGGUUGUCCACAAGAUCCAACAGAUACCAAACGUGAGGAGGAGGACUAUCUAUGAGUACCACCGUGUGGAGCUGAUGAAGACGAAGAUCACCAAUUCUACAGCCGUGGAAAUUAUGCCUUUACCCACCUGUCUCCAGUUCACCAGCUGCAGUGCCUGCAUUUCCUCACAGAUCAACUUCAACUGUAGCUGGUGUCAUCGUCUCAACAGAUGUUCCAGUGGCUUUGACCGACAUCGGCAGGAUUGGGUGGACAACAGCUGCCCAGAUGAGACCAAGGACAAGAUGUGCGACAUAAUUGAUACCACCUACCUCUACCCCUUCACCACCACUGUUGUGGCCAAAACAACAGCCGGGAGCAAAGAUGCCACUGCAAACAGGGACAGACCCUCCACCGAACACCCUCCCACCAGUGUCCCCACUGAAGAUGAUACAAAGAUCGCACUGCAUCUAAGAGACAGCCAGGCUGACAGUGCUAUAGGUAGGAUGCCAGGUACACACCCUCUCCACACUGGUUUGAUCCUCGGGAUCCUGCUGGUGAUGCUCAUCAUGGUUGCUGGUGUGCUGGUCACGGUCUACAUCUACCAUCACCCCACCUCUGCUGCCAGCCUUUUCCUCAUCGAGAGACGCCCGAGCAGGUGGCCAGCCAUGAAGUUCCGGCGGGGGUCAGGUCACCCAGCCUACACAGAAGUGGAACCGGUGGGACAGGAAAAGGAGGGCUUCAUCGAGUCUGAGCAGUGCUGAGGGAGGAGGGGAUGUCUGCAUCUCUGCAGCCCCCCUUCCUGUGCUAGCCCUCCUCUCUCCUGCUCCACAGGGACUUCUCACCAGGAACCUCCAGGAUGUGCUUAUCGUCAGAGGAGCUCGGUGUACACUAUGACUCGUUAAGACUGUCAUACUGGCCCAUUGAGUGCUAAAUGAGACAGGAUAGCAGCUGUCAAUAUGGGGAAGUGAGAAAACCCUGAAAACUGAUUCCAGACAAACGCAUUGUUCAGCUUCUUCUAGAAGGGCAUUGACUUGCUGGGGACAGAGGGAGGGAACAGCAAUGACAUCACCAACUAAGUCAGCAUUGGUUUAGAGUAUCUGCAGCUGCUGUCAGGUUGCCAUGGAGGGAUUGUACAGCCUGACUGCCUAGACUGCUACUGUUGUGUCUGAGGAGCAGAGUGAAUUAUACAAUAUAUAUUUUCAGAAACAAUACAGAGUAUGUGAACAGAGGGGAGGGUUACACAGUAUAGGCCUUUGUAUAUCCAUCUGGUUUUCUCUUUUCUUUUUUUCUGUAUAGGCCGUCAGUAUUGCUUUUCAAUAUAGCAACAGUCUCAAUUGACUUUCCCACUGCCAGCUCUGCAAAGAUGCAGCGGCUGUGCGUCAUGAAUUGAACUGAACUCCUGUCACUGCGAUCGAUCCCACCUCGAAGUAAAGCUCUGAACAUUCAGCAUUGUGUCGAAUUAGCUUGUAAUGUUUGGCUGUUUCAUUUUCUGAAAAUUAAGUGUAAGAUGUUUGUUUGUUCAAUGAGAAUAUAUCAGUGAGGAAUUUUUUUAAGUGGGUGAUGGGCACACUAUCCUUGUCUCUAUUUCAAAUGGUUGUUUCAUUGAUACCAUUUUAGCAGUUUUUCUUUUUUUUGGGGGCGGGGGGGGGGUCCAUUACUGCCGUGUCAUUUUUUCCCUGACUAGGGUUUGCACAUUUUUUUCUAUGCACAUUUUUUUUCUCAUUUGACAUGUGGUACAAAUGCAAAAUUGAAAGACAGGCGCUUGUGAGUGUGAAUAUAUUUUCUAAAAUGUAAAUGGAUCCUGUGUGCGUGUGUAUGAAUGCAGAAGAGAGUAGUUUACACUAGAGACUGUAUAUCCACCUGCUUUGUGGGUGCAUAUGUUUGAGCUGGCUCUGCACACUUGGUUCUUUUUGAUUUGAAUCUAAGUUAUCUGGAUAAAGUUUGUGUGAGCCAGAAAACACACUGGUGUGGUUGGAGUUUUUUCUUGAUUUUACAUUGUAAUUUCCAUUAUGUUGCCAGCAUAACUAGUUCUGUGUCCAUGUUUAACAAUUAUGAUGUAACCAUACAGUACAUAAAUGUAUACAACAAGGCCAAAACAUUUGCAGAUUCAGGUAUUUUAUGGAAAAUAUUUGUAGUAUAGAAGUUAUAGUACUGACUAACUUUUUAUGAGUGGCCUUUUUUUCUGUACUUUUUUUUUAACCUAAAUGUGAAAACUUUUAUAAUCAUUUCUGUCACAAAUCAAAACACAAGGCCUCUGACAAAUUCAAACACUAAUUUCUACAGUUAAAUAUUAUUUUCAAAAACGAAAAUCGUGUUUUACACCAACGAUUCCAGACUCAUUUUACUGACGCUAUCUAUAUCCUGGAAUUCUACUGUAAAAUUAAACGUGCAAUAUUACACCUGUUCAGUAUGACACUGAAAAUGCACCUGGUUUUAUUUUUUUAAUCUUAUUUUAUUCAUACCUUGCCACCGUCACAUUGAGACCAAAGACUAAUCAGCCUCAGUGGCCCCACAGCGCCUUCUCAUUACCCAGCAUACCACCAUACAGAUCAUACUAGUUAAUGGUGUGUGUGGUGGUGUACAGGUUAUCUUAUUGUGUUUCGCUGCCACUGUCGUUUCUCUAAACCCCUCCCACAAACAGUGAUUGUCCAAUCAGCUUUUGUGCGUGUUAUUAGUUACUACUGUAACACAACUUGAUGAGUGUCAAAAAAAAUUCAUUGCAAAUGUUUGAAAAAUGUUGUUUAAAAAACUUUGCAAAAAAAAAAUUUCCCUAAAUUACUACCUAGGUUUGCUAAUCCUUUUUAACGUGCAAUGAAUAUUUUAUAUACAAAACAUCUGAUAAGAAAAGGGUUUUAUUCAGAAAAUACCAUCAGAGCUGGGUAAGUUCUUGUUAAACCGAAUACGCAUGAAACAGCAGGAACAAACCACGGCUAUCUUACUAGAGUUAGAGAUACAUUUGCCACACAAAAUGGUUUGUUUCCCCCCUCAAGCCUUUUUGCAGUAUUCAUGUUUCUGAUAAGUUUGGUUUUGAUUGGUUAUUUGAUGUAAACAGGGGAGUGAAGCAUCAUGAUUGACAGCUGAAACUGUAUUUGUAUCAUGUAUCAUCGGGACCUUGAUAUGACUUCUGCAGACUCCAAAUUAUGUCAAAAUUGCAAGAUGGCGGCGGCACCCGCAAGUGGAGUUGUGCUGUACAUUUACAGUCUAUGGUCUGAAAUCAAUGAGCCAUUGUUUGAAAAAAAUAUCAAAAAGAAUUAAGUGGUAAAUCUGCCGCCAUUGUAAUUAUCAACUUCACAUGUGAUGUACAUUAGAGAAUGGAAAGCUUGACAAGCAUAGCAACAGUAACUAAGGAGGUGUGACUUAACUAGAGGCCAUUUAAAUCCUCUAAAUAUACUGUCAUUGACAUAUUAGCUACACACCCAAAGAGACACAAGAGUCACCAUGUAUGAAUACCAAAUCAAUGACUCACUGACUACAUUAAUUCAUCAAACAUGUCUAUUUGUCAUAACUAAAGUUCCGUUCUAGUCUCACUGGUGUCGGCCUGAGAAUACAAACGUCUGUUAUUAAAUCUUAUUCUGUGACUCCUCAUAAAUUCCUUCAAGUAUCCAGGAGAGAGCGGGGUUAAGUUUAACAGGCUAAUGUGGCUUCUCCGUGCCUACAGAGUUUUUAUAUUAUUUUGCGAGAUCGAACCCUGUGGAAAAAGGCUCUUUGCGUUUGCUUGGGACAUCGGCUUGUUGUACGCUGCCACCUGGAACUGCAAGUGUUAUUGCUACUCUCAAAAUGCAGUGAGAGAAAGUAGCUGAUUUGAUUGUAUCAAGCACCGAAGACACUUAAGUUCAUAUAACAGGAGGUUUUCUCACAGCGAAACCUUUGUUUGCUUUACUGGACUUGGCCACAAGUCCACUAAAGGCCAUCCACUUUCUUUCCUAACAUGAUAUUUUAGAUGAUGACAAGCGGCAUAGUGUUGUUGUUGAGAUAGGUAACUGCUGUGUGCUGUUUUUUUUCUCUGACCUAAGAGUUGGAUUGAAUAACGAUUGCCAGAGCUGAAUGUGAAGAUUUGGACUUUUUUUCCCAGCUGUGACCUUUUUCUGAUGUUAUCAUGGCACUCCAUAGCACACAGUAAGACUCAAAAUCACACCGUAUCAUGGCUGUCUGUUAUUUCUGUAAUUACUGUUGUUUUGAUUACAUUUAAGGUAGUAAACAAUGUUGUUAAAAAGUCA